AUGGAGAGGCUUGGAUUUGGGAAUAUGUAUGUUCAUAUUGCAACCUUUCUCCUCUUUUGUAUGGCUUCUUUCUGGAUUUUCAACUUGGCUGCCAUUAAUAUUGAUAACGAGACUGUCAGGGAAGCUUUAGUACUUACUGGUGUUAUACUUUGUGCAUUUGUUUUGCUAUAUGGCGGCUUCUGGAGGAUUCAAAUAAGAAAGAGAUUUAAUUCGCCAACUUAUACCUUCUGUUUUGGUAAACCAGCAGUUACUGAUUGCACACUGUGGCUAUGUUGUUGGUGGUGCUCGCUAGCUCAGGAAGUUCGAACUGGGAAUUCUUAUGAUAUUGUGGAAGAUAAGUUUUACAGGAAAGACAUGGACAGUAAUAAUCAUCUGCAGCCUUCACCUCAUGAAGAUGUUUCUAGCACAAGUUCUCCACUUGGCAACAACCAUAGCUCAUCCAAGACUUUGAUAGCAAAUUCUCCAAGUCCUAGCAGAGUUUCAAAUGUGUAUUAUAAUCCAGAUAGGCAGAUUUCUACUGUAAAAGAAGAGUCUUCUACAGAAGCCAAGGAUAAGACUAUGACUCCGCCAUCUCUGUCAUUGAUAGAAAGAGAAGCCGCUUAGCUGGUACACAGUUUAGAUAGCAUUCUUUUUUAUAGGUAUGAAUUGAUGUGGAAUGACAUUGUAAAUUUUAAAUGUCUCAUGAGUGACUACAAUAAAAUACUUACCUGCAUCUUUUACAGA